AUGACUUGUCUGACUCCUGCCACCCUCCAGACAGUCCCACCAUCCCAUCUGAUGAGCAUGAAAUCUGCUCUUGGCUGGAGCGAGCCCACAUUUCUGAAUUUGUUUGCAGAAAAUCAUGAAGACGAGGAGUAUGUAGAAGAGAGAGAACCACUGUCCAAAAUUAACGAUCAGGGGAGGGUAAAGGACAGGGAGUUUGAUUUUCUAAUUCGAGUUCAGGCACGAGAGCUGACCCAGUUACGCCUACAGACACGGGAAGGAAGAGAGCUAUCCGUCCUGCUUAAUCAGAACCUCAAGGACCUCCUGGGCCGCAGUGACCUUAACAACCUCUGGGGGCAGGCCUUCCAAGAGCAAUUGGCUGAGGGAUGCAGGCUGUCCCAGGCCCUUGUCAGCAAGCUCAGCCCAGAAAUCCAUGAAGAGGAGGCUGAAGAACAACUGGGAUCACUGACCCCCAGGAAAUACCAUUUCCUAAUUCAUGAUCAUGCACGAAAGCUGACCCAGAUACGCCAGACGUCACGGGAAGGAAGAGAGGUCUCUGUCCUCCUCCAUCAGCACCUCAGGGACCUCCUCACCCACAGUGACAUUGGCAGAGACUGGGGACAGGGCUUCCGAGAACAACUGGCUGAGGGAUGCAGGCUGGCAGAGCGCCUUGUCUGCAAGCUUAGCCCAGAAAGCCUGGAAGACGAUGAAGAUGAGGCAGAACAAGAAUCACUGACCCCCAGUCUGGAGAGGGAGCUGCAGGAGAAGGAGAUUGCGAAGGAAAUCCUUCAAGAUCCAUCAGGUGAACAGAAUUUGACUCCUUCCAGUCCUCGUGAUCUCUCUGCCUCCGGGGAGCCCCUCAGAAGCACUGCCUUUCCGUGUGAUGAGCCUCAAGUCAGCUUGACUCUGGAGGCAGCCACUCCUUCCUGGGAGGCUUGUCAGCAAGGGCCUUUGAGUGGAAACUUGAGUUUCCAAAGGUCAGAGAUGCAAACUUCACAAGCACAGCUGGAGCCAAGCAGCUGAGGGAGCAGUUAUCUGGGGCUGCAGCUGGACCAGUUCCAUUGCAGGGAUGGCAAAGCCAGGCUUGGUCUUUCCUCCACCAUCUGGAGCUUCGCAGCCAACAGUGUUUCUGGAAACCGAGGUUCACUCUUCCAAGAGCUGGGUUUGGACGCAUCCCUCAGGAUGAAGACCCCUCCCACGCUGAAGGGUGAUGCUCUUGAGUGUUCGGAUGCCAGCAAGCAGUGGUGUCAAGUCGUUGGCCACAUUGAUGCCUCAAUUGUCAUCCAACCGCGGAUUCUCAAAAGAAAACUGCGGCUCAGCAAGUGGAGAGUAGCAUGCAGAUUCCCUGGCCUUCAAGCUUAGGGUCCAGAGAUACCAAGUACUUCUGAAACCAAGAAAAGAAGAAACCCCAUUAUGAAAAGUCGCUUUCCCACUGGAUGAAACACAUCUAAAACAGCCAAUCCAGUUCCAGCCCAAACAGAACACCAGAGGGAUCCUUUGCUGAGAAUCCACAUCACAACCGCAAACCACUCUCCAGGAUGUUUACUCCAAAAGCCUGCUUCGAUGGGAGCAAUCCCAGCCCCUCAGCCUCCAGUUGUGGUACAUCGCGAAGGAGCCCAAUGCCUAGAUGCACACACGGUUCUGAGAGACCUUAACCCUCGCUCCUCUCAAUUCCCAUCCCCUACGUAACCAGAAUCAGGAGCAAGUGGGCAAAGACAACGUGUCGAACCGGACGUUCUUUGCCACCACCAGGGCUGUGCUAGGAGCAGACAGCAGUAACCGUGCAGUGUUCUUGUUGAGAAUGCGCAGGCUGAAUUUCAUCAUGAGGUCGUUAUCAGACAACUGCAGAAUGUAGACCAUUGAACAAGACGACUGGCCUUUCUUCCAACAGUCAGUGCCACCACAAAGACGACGACAAAGAGGAGAAGAGAUAUUUUCGGUUCCUAAGGACUGAAAGGAUUGUGUUAUUGUGUUUUUUUAGUCCUUUGGGACCAAAAAUAUCUCCUCACCUUUUUGUGGUUGUCUGUGGUGGUGGUGACGUGGCCUUGUUUGCAGGGGACAGGUCAGUCGUCUGGCUCAGUGGUCUACAUUCUGAAGUUGUCUGACCAUUUCCUCAUGAUUAAAUUCAGACUCACCCUUCUGCCAAGAACACUAUACAGUUAGUUUCUGCUGUGAGCGUCCUAGCACAGCCCCCUGGAGACCAAGGAUGUCCAGUUUAUCCACCACCGUUACUGUGUGACUAGCAUUGGUCACUUUGUUCUGGAGGGCCCACGAGAUCGGUUCAUUGUAAAGAGGCAUUUUUUUUUUUCUUUCUAUCGUUAGCAAUUUGGUGAGUGGUACUUUGAGAGUGUAUGAAUAUCCUCUUCUCUAAAGAUCUUUCUCUAAAAUUUUUUACCAUCGUUAAUGAGCCCUGCUGUGUGUCACUUAUCGUAUUCCUGUUUGUACAUGGAGAUUUCCUAAUUUCGUCAUUCCUCUAUACUUGUAGUUGCUGGCACAGUGCUGUGGAAAAGAACUUUCCCUCCCCCUUUCAUACCGUUAAAGUUUCUGUUGUGACUGUCACUGUGGACUCGUGAAUUUUUUACAUUCAUUAGCAUAAUCCAUUAUACUCAGGAUUGAUUUUGUUGGAUAUGGAUUUAAGUCAAUAGAAAUAUUCUUGUUCCUCCUGUUCAUACUUAUGUGCUAACGCUUCCCCCAUGAAUAAAAUUUCCUCAGUCAUCUCUUAUUGGGUAGAGUCGGUCCUUAAAAGACUUCCCAUGAUGGAAUCAGGACUCCCCGGGGGUUGCAUGUUUAACUCUCUUGUUCUGCUGCCUGAUGCACGGACAGCUUGGCGGAAUGUAAAGGACUUGCCCACAAUGACUCUUAUUCAGUUUUU